GCGUCUACCAAACGCUAGGCCAUGUCGUAAAGCAUCCACCCAAUAAUAUACAAAAUCUCUUUGGAGAAGGAGCAAAGAAAAGCAAAGCCAGGCGGGGCAGGCAGAUUCACAAUCUUCAGCAAGAAUCUAAUUUUCUCGAUCACUCCAAUCAAUCAAUGGCUGAUCCUGAGUUAGAAGCAAUUAGACAAAGAAGAAUGCAAGAGCUCAUGGCUCAACGAGGCAUGGGAAAUCCGCAAAAUUCUGAACAACAGAAGGCCCAAGAAGAUGCAAAGAGUGAUGCUGAGGAGCGAAGGCAAAUGAUGCUUAGUCAGAUUUUGUCUUCUGAAGCACGAGAAAGACUUGCCCGAAUUGCUCUGGUGAAGCCUGAGAAGGCAAGAGGUGUUGAAGAUGUCAUCUUGAGAGCUGCUCAAAUGGGUCAAAUAGUUGAAAAGGUUUCUGAGGAGCGGCUCAUAUCAAUGCUGGAACAGAUUAACAACCAAACAACCAAGCAGACAAAAGUCACAAUCCAGAGGCGUCGGAGUGUUCUAGAUGACGAUGAUUAACUCAUAUGCAACCUGUGUUUCAAUCGGUGUUUUAUAUUGGUAGUAUAUUUAUCCUAGACACUUUUUGUGUGUUUUGUAAGUAAAAUGCUCAUCUGUAUUCCUUGCUAGACCUUGUAGUCAUAAUCCUCAUGUCCCUAUCAAUCCUGUUUCAAAGACUCAUUCUGAGUUUGAGUGAUGAAUCUGGCUAGCAUUGACAACCACCAAAUUUGCCAUUUGAAAAAGUCAAAAUUGGUAUGAUGAUGUGAAAAGAUUCAUUUUGGUCCCGAUGCUGGGCUGGCGUGGUUGUUGGAUCAAUGUGAUGGGAUGUAUUGAUAAGAAAGUAGGAUUACCAUGGCUACAACUGUGAAACUUCGGUGUGUAACUGGCAUUUUCAAACUAUUGGUAACUAUUUUAUUUUAUUAUAUAUUUCGUUCUGGUGAA